AUGGAGGCGGCGGGCGAGGAACUUAGGAUCUACGCAGCAUACCGCCCGCCAGGGACUCCAUUCUGCUCCUCAGACGUCCGGACGGUGAUGGAAGGCGAAACACCGACCAUCAUCGCUGGGGACCUAAACGCCAAACACCCGGCAUGGGGAGCUAGAGUGAUCAACCCGCCGGGUCAUGCACUAUUUGAAGACGCCGAAAGAUACGGCUAUGACGUCUUAGGUCCCGAAGAACCCACACACGUUCCGAUAGAUCUGCGGAAACGUCCGGAUGUAUUUGACAUCGUGCUCUCUAGGAACGUCAACUACCCGAUAGCGGUAGAGGUGCUGUACGACCUUAAUUCACAACACCUCCCGAUCUUGAUUACCCUUGGCCUAAAGGCGGUGACUACGCCGCCCAGAGCAUUUAAGACACGUGUCGACUGGAGGCUCUACCAUCAACACCUGCAGGAGAGACCUCCAGCACACCACCCCUUAAACAAAGUGGACGACGUAAAGGCCGCUGCUACUAGAAUGACUAAGGCGAUUCAGGAGGCCCUCCACGCUGCCUCUACGAUCGUCCCGAUAUCAGCGAGAAAAGACGAUCUGCCGCUACUGAUAAGCGUGCAGAUAAGGAGGAAAAGGGCGUUAAGAAGGCUCUGGGCGCGUACUCACUGCCCGAGAAUCAAGACGAGAAGUGGAGGAAAUGUCGGUUGCAGUCCAGGCACACAGAGGAGAUAA